GACAAAAUCCACAAGCAGACACCAUACCCUAACCCACAAUUAUUUUCACGCGCUUUCAUUCUCUUGUGUUCCCUAUAUAUUUUUUCAUGCACCCCCUCUUCAAUCUCACAUCUCCUCCACCAAGAAACAACAUUCACCCACAAUGCAACUCUCUCUCUUUCUCUUCAUCUUGUUCUUCACUUUCCUUUCUUUCUCACCGGCUCUCCUCAUUUCGGGCCAAGCUCCGCCGCUCACCCCUUCCGCUGCAUGCAAAGCCACACUCUAUCCCAAGCUCUGUCGCUCCAUUCUCUCUACUUUCCGGUCAUCGCCGGUCCGUCCUGACGCCUACGGUAAGUUCUCUGUGAAGCAGUGCCUGAAGCAAGCUCGGAGAAUGUCGGGGCUCAUCGGCCACUACCUGACCCAUAAUCAGCGGUGGCCAAUGAGCCACGCGGAGGCCGGAGCUCUGGACGACUGCCGGCAGCUGUCGGAACUGAAUGUGGACUAUUUGCAGACGAUUUCUGGGGAGUUGAAGUCGGCCGAGCUGAUGACAGAUGAGCUGGUGGAGCGAGUCAGGACUCUGCUUAGCGGGAUCGUCACGAAUCAGCAGACCUGUUACGACGGGCUCGUGGAUUCUAGGAACUCGAUGGUGGCUGCAUUGUUAGCGCCGCUGUCCAAUGUAAAUCAGUUGUACAGUGUCUCACUGGGGUUGGUGAGUCGAGCACUAAGCCAGACUCGGAAGCGGCGCAAGAGACGUGGACUGACUGAGAGCCGGUUCCUCACGGAGUUGGACCGGGUUCGCGAACCGACUUCCAAGAUCAUCGAGGUUCUGAAGAAAGGGUCUUUGAAUACAUCAAGGGGGUCGUCAAGAGGAGGAAGGAUUCUUGCUGAAUUGGUGGAUGGAGGGGUUCUGGUUAGCAAUACUGUGACUGUGUCCCCAAACGGUACCGAUAACUUCACUACCAUUGCAGAUGCCAUCUCAUUUGCUCCCAACAGUUCCAACAUUGAGGACGGCUACUUUGUAAUAUAUGUGAAAGAAGGAUACUAUGAGGAGUAUCCCAUGGUUCCCAAAUAUAAGAAGGGUAUAAUGCUGCUAGGAGACGGGAUUAAUCGCACUGUGAUCACAGGAAACAGAAGUGUGGUUGAUGGCUGGACCACCUUCAAUUCUGCCACAUUCGCUGUAUCUGGAGAGAGAUUUGUAGCCAUAGACAUAACAUUCAGGAACACAGCCGGUCCAGAGAAGCACCAAGCGGUAGCCGUGAGGAACAAUGCUGAUCUCUCCACCUUCUACCGCUGCAGCUUUGAAGGAUAUCAAGACACACUCUAUGCACAUUCUCUAAGGCAAUUCUACAGGGACUGCAUCGUAUAUGGAACUGUAGAUUUCAUCUUUGGGAACUCUGCUUGCAUCUUUCAGAACUGCAACUUGUAUGCUCGAAAGCCCAUGCCCAAUCAGAAAAACGCCUUCACAGCCCAGGGGCGGAUGGAUCCAAAUCAGAACACUGGCAUCUCCAUUCACAACUGCACCAUUGAAGCUGCCCCUGACUUAGCCAUGGACUUGAACUCCACCUUGAAUUAUCUGGGUCGUCCAUGGAAGCAGUAUUCCAGGACUGUGUACAUGCAGUCCUAUAUUGGCAGCCUCAUCGAUCCAGUGGGAUGGCUGGAAUGGAAUGGAACAGUGGGAUUGGACACCCUUUACUAUGGAGAGUUCGAGAAUUAUGGGCCAGGUGCAAAUACUAGUAUGAGAGUGCAAUGGCCUGGUUAUACUCUGAUGAAUGUUUCACAAGCUGUGAAUUUUACUGUGUAUAAUUUCACAAUGGGAGAUACUUGGUUGACUAACCUUGAUAUACCCUUCUAUGGGGGAUUACUAUAGUGAGAGCAACAAAAAAUUUAACUCAUUAAUUAUGGUACUCUUGGAAACUUGCUACUGAUCAUUUGUUAGAGCUCUAUGGCUUGGAAAGUAAACCAUAGGCAAUAUAUGUAUCUGUUUUCAGAAUUUGAAAUCAAGUUGACAUUGAAAUGAACUCUUGAAUGCA